UCUACGCAUGCGCAGCGGGGGCGGGCCGGGAGGUGGGACUGCCGGAGUCUUCCGUGUGCGGUUGCCGCCGCCGCCUCAGCUUUGCUACUCCUGCCACUCCGGGCUGCGUUGCCGGCGUUAGCCGCGUGAGGGUAAGGGAGGGGACCGACGGAGCGUGUGUGCGCGGGGCUUCCUGCAGUCCCAGCAGUUCCUCUCGCGGGUGGACAGCGGGGUCAGCGGCAGUCGGGGGAGGCCCUAGACGGCGCCAUGUCGGCUGGCGGCCCAUGCCCGGCAGGAGCCGGUGGGGGCCCAGGGGGAGCCUCUUGUGCUGUGGGGGUCCCCCCUGGCGGGGUAUCCAUGUUCCGGUGGCUGGAGGUGCUGGAGAAGGAGUUCGACAAAGCCUUCGUGGAUGUGGAUCUGCUUCUGGGCGAGAUUGAUCCGGAUCAGGCGGACAUCACUUAUGAGGGGAGGCAGAAAAUGACCAGCCUGAGCUCCUGCUUCGCGCAGCUUUGCCACAAAGCCCAGACUGUGUCCCAAAUCAACCACAAGCUAGAGGCACAGUUGGUGGAUCUGAAAUCUGAACUGACAGAGACUCAAGCAGAGAAAGUUGUAUUGGAGAAAGAAGUACACGAUCAGCUUUUACAGUUGCACUCCAUUCAGCUUCAGCUUCAUGCUAAAACUGGUCAAAGUGUUGACUCUGGUACCAUAAAGGCAAAAUUGUCUGUCCCCUCUGUGGAGGAGCUGGAGAGAGAGCUUGAAGCAAACAAAAAAGAGAAAAUGAAAGAAGCUCAACUUGAAGCUGAAGUGAAGUUGUUGAGAAAAGAGAAUGAAGCCCUCCGUAGACAUAUAGCUGUCCUCCAGGCUGAAGUUUAUGGGGCAAGACUGGCUGCCAAGUACUUGGAUAAGGAAUUGGCAGGAAGGGUCCAGCAAAUACAGUUACUAGGACGAGAUAUGAAGGGACCUGCUCAUGAUAAGCUUUGGAACCAGUUGGAAGCAGAAAUACAUUUGCAUCGUCACAAAACUGUAAUCAGAGCCUGUAGAGGACGUAAUGACCUGAAGCGACCGAUGCAUGCACCACCAGGCCACGAUCAAGACUCUUUAAAGAAAAGCCAAGGAGUUGGACCAAUUAGAAAAGUUCUUCUUCUUAAGGAAGAUCAUGAAGGCCUUGGCAUUUCAAUUACAGGCGGAAAGGAACAUGGCGUUCCAAUCCUCAUUUCUGAGAUCCACCCAGGGCAACCUGCUGACAGAUGUGGAGGGCUGCAUGUUGGAGAUGCUAUUCUGGCUGUUAAUGGAGUUAAUCUAAGGGACACAAAGCAUAAAGAAGCUGUAACCAUUCUUUCCCAGCAACGAGGAGAAAUUGAAUUUGAGGUAGUUUAUGUGGCUCCUGAAGUAGAUUCUGAUGAUGAAAAUGUAGAGUAUGAAGAUGAGAGUGGACAUCGUUACCGUUUGUACCUUGAUGAGUUAGAGGGAAGUACUAAUAAUCCUGGUGCUAGUUGCAAAGACGCAAGUGGGGAAAUCAAAGUGUUACAAGGAUUUAAUAAGAAGGCAGUAACUGAUGGACACGAAAAUGGAGACCUAGGAACUUCAAGUGAAACUCCACUAGAAGACAGUGCUUCUAAAUUAGAUGAUCUGCACAGUCUGUAUCAUAAAAAAUCUUAUUAAAUUGACUGUAUCUCCAGACAAGAUUAUUCAAGACUAUUCUGAAUUUGGGGCACUAGGGAAGAUGGUGACAAAGACUGUGCAAGAUCAAGGGAGGCUAUUUGUUGCCUAAAUGAAAGGCGGGUACCUCAGGGCUUCAUGUGAACAAUUCUCAAUGCAUAAAAGUCCUUGUUUUCUGUGGUAUACCAUGAUUAGCUAUUGCAUGUAAAGCAAUUUUGAUUUUCUUAAAAUUGUAAAGCACCAAAGCAUGUGUUUCCCAAAAGGAUAUUACUAGGCUUUUAAGUACCAAAUGAAGCACUACUGUUUUAUUUGAUUCCCUUUUCUUUUAGUAGAAGGACAAUGCUAACUGGAAUUUUUGAAGAAAUAGCCUUUAAAUAUAAGAGAAUAAAUGAAUUUGUAUUGUAUAUUCCAGAAUGUUAAGUGUGGUGUUUCAGAGAACAAAACGUACUCAAUGAAUUGCAGAAAUGUAGGCUUGACUUAAUUUUUUUUUAAAUUGAAAAAAUGGUUGUAGUGUUUUAAAAAAAUUUAAUGUGCUUCCUGAUAUCUAGAUCAGCUCUUAAUGAUCAUUUAUUAUAAUGAGUUUGCUUUUCAUUGUUAUUCAUGCAGUGUAAAAUAGUUUUCUUUAAGCAAUCCUUUAUCAAUCAAUGCUGCACUAGAAAUAGUUUCAGAAAAGUUAUUUUGUACAUUGUACUUUUCUGGUUUUUAAAAGAAAUGCAGAUGUGUGUAAAAUAUCUGUUUUCAAUUAUGUUAAUCUGUGUGCAUGUUAUUGGAGCAUUACAUUAUUAAUGUUUAGUCACAAAUGCUUUUUUUUCUGGGAUCCACAAAAGACAGUCUUAAACAUUUUGAGUUGUUCAUAAUGUUUGUCUUGUGAUAGUCCUGGCACUUAACGAUACGUUUUUCUGUCAGUAAAAGCAAGCUCAAAUUUAUUAUUGUGUCAAUGAAAUACAUUUAGUUCAAACAGCACUUUUCUUUCAAAGUAACUGAUUUGCCAGUCAUUUAAAAAGCUGAGGCACUGGUGGUUAAGAUAAGGUGAGCACAUUUUGAUAUGGUAAUUGUUUUGGUUGGCUUGUCUUGUCUGUGUUAUGUUUGACUAAAGUGCUUUUCAUAUGCAAACUAGAUCUGCUACUUCUUUCAUCCCAGGAACGAGCAUGGAGUGCCUCCUGUCUUGUUUACUGCUCGCAGGCCACUGUACCCUACAGGGGAAAAAGAAAAUAUUGCAUUUAAAAAGGUGAUAGUUUUGUCAGUAUCACUGUUUUUAAAAGAUAUGCAUUUAAGGGAAUAUUAAUUGGGAGAAAGCCUGUAAGGCUUUUAGAAUAUUAUCAGUAUAUCAUUUCUAAUAUUCAAAUGUUAUGUGAUAUAAACACCUUCUCUUGUCUUUUCUGAAUGCACUAUAUAUUUGUUCAUGGGUAAAUCUAUAAAAUGUAUAUAUUGUAUUUGGUGGUUUUGCUAUUUAUAAAUUUUAUGUUUUAACUAUAGGUCAUUUAUGAUUUGUUUGGGGUGGUUUUGUUCAUCUGUGUAUCACCAUGUUAAUUUGUAAUGGAAAUGUACUUCAGAAUAUAUAUGGUUACUUACAUUAAAAUACCUUAUAGCAGAACAUUGCCUCUAAGCAAAAGGUAGUAUUUUAAUUGUACCACUGAAUAAGCAAGCUUUGUGUUGUUGUUUGCUCUUGACAGGCUAGGUCUCUUGAAAAAGUUUUCUCCUUAUACUUCCCCCCUACUCUAAACACAUACCCCCCAUUCAUGACGAUAUCUGCAAACUGGAUUUUAGCCAGUGUAUUUAUUUAGUCAAAAAAAAAAACCCAUUGUUGCAUAUCUGAAAACUUUUUUGUUUUGACUUAAAACCAUGUUAUUCCUGUCUUUUUAAAAUUAUUAUUAUUUUUUGGCUGUCCCAAGGCGUAUGGAGUUCCCAGGCCAGAGAGUAGAUAAGUAUUCUUAUCUUUUUAAAGCACAGCCUGGAAUGGGAUGGCCAUGGCAGGUUUUCAGAGAAUAUCCUUUAUCUACUAAAAUUGAAUCCUUAGGAAAUAUUAGCUAAAAUGUUUUGAUUUUUAAGAAGUAAUAUAUCUAUAAAGAGUUUUUUUAGAGAGCCUGGAAUUGGCAUUUCUAUGAGGCGCUAUGUAAUAUGAAGGAUUGUAUGAGAUGGUUAUGAUAUAAACUCCUUGCUUGGGCUGAUAAGCAGAAUGAAAAAUUUUCCAGGUAGUUUAAAAUUGAAAAGGUCAGUUCUCAUUUCAUUCCUGCUUCACCUUGGAUUGCAAGCCUCUGUGAGAGCACUGUUACUUAGAUGCUCCUACGAGAUUUCCAUCAGGUGCUUAAAAAGUGUUCAGUUAAAAGUUUAUUUUAGAAUAUAUAAUCUUUGGGUGAUGAACUAAUAAUUAAACACUUUUUCCAAAGGACUAAUUGAGAAGCAGUUUUUGUGUUUUCACCUUUAUAGGAAAGAAACUCAUCAUAUGUUUCUAUACGAAACCCAACAGAUAAGGAGAGAACUAUUGCAAAGCCAUUACAAUUAAAAAGGAAAAAAAAAAAUGUACAAAUGUACACACAAACAGAAUAGCUGAGAAAAAGCUUUAAGAGUGUGAGGGUUGUGCAAAUGUGUAUGUAUAUUUACAUUUAACCUCUAAAGUUCUAAGUUUCUGUUGUGAAUAUGAUGACAAACAACAUUUGGGUUAUGAAACUUGUUAAAAAUAGAUGUAAAAGACAUGAAAAUGUUGUGAGCCUUGGUGAUGUAACCGAGCGGUUCUAACGAUACCCACAUCAUGUGGAAAUUCUCAGGCAGGGACUGAACCUGUGCCACAGCAGCAACCUGGGCUGCUGCAAUGACAAUGUUGGAUCCUUACCCACUGCACCACAAGAUAACUCCUCUCCCAGCUUGUCCUUGGUGCUGGUUCCAUCCCCCCAACAAUGGACUUAUCUUCUUCUCAUGUUUAGAAACAAAAUACAGUGAUUCAUGUGUAAGUUGACACUUCAUACAUCCUUAUUAUGUAAUCCACCAUCCACCUGUCCAUUCUUCCACGUAGGGUUGGCCUCAGAUCUAUAGGAUUUAUGACAAAUGUAUUAUAUCUAAUUGCAUUGAGUUAUUUUUUUAUGAGUUUGUGAAUAGAGAUGGCAUCUCCUACAUUAGAAUGGUAUUAAUCUCAUUUAAAAAUAAACAUUUUACUAUUCUUUCAUGUUAAAUAUUACUUAUUUCCAGUAGCUUCUAUUAUUUAUACAAUUAAGUCAUAAAUUCCAUGCAAAGGCUGAACCUAAUUUCUAUGGUGGAACCAUUUUUUUUUUGGUAGGAAUUAACUGCUUGAUCUUACAAACUAUUUAAUUUGAGUUAGUUAAAAAGAUGUUGGUUGGAAGGAGCUGCCAGAGAAACUGUGGGACCAGUCUGCUGCUGAAACUUAGCAGGUGCAAAAACUCUUGUCACCUUGGCUAGUUUUUAACGUUUCAGAUUCUGAUAGUCAAUGUCUUUGAGGAUAACACUGAUAAAAAUUAGAAAACAAAUCUUGUUAAACACUAUGUAAGAUGAUAUUCACCCAUUUUAUUAUCUAAGCAUAUAUGAUUUAGAAGUUCCCAGAUUGUUUGUAAAAUAACUUUUAGAAAUGUCUAUAAACAUUGUUCGGUUUGUUUACCUCAUAGGUUUUAUAUGUAGUCACUUAUAGUCAACCUAAGAACUAGGAGUAAAAUGUGUAGGAAUACCUUUUAUUUGUCAAGGGUAUUCGAGGUCAGUCAGGAGGAAAAACUCACAAAUGGUUAUCUUACUCUAAGUAUUAAUGCAAAUCAGAUUGCAGAAAAUUACUUGAGUUAUGAAUAUUUAGAGGUACUUUUUGGCAUUAACUUUGAUUUAGUCCUAAUACAGUAUGCUGUGUAUCGGUUUAAUCUCCCAUUUCACCAAGCAGUUUGGGAAAGUUUUCCCCAGGAUUCAUCCACAUAGGAUAUUGUUCAAUUUAUGAAAUAGAAGAGAUUUGCUUUUUCGUUGUUAAUCAGUGUUCUGUUUUAGGUGGCUUUAUACUUUUUAAACUGAAAGGUAUUGUUGCAAAUUAUGAUGUGCUAUUGGUGCUAAAUAUUUGUCUGAUAAUAAAUCUUUUUUAGGUGUAUUUUGAGAGCUACAGUCACUGUCUUGGCAGCCAGGAGAAUGCGGCUCUCAGCUCUCCAACAGGAGGGAGCAUGAGGGACUGAAGGCCUUCUGGCUGCUGCACUCUAAAGUCUAAAGUCGACCUUCCUCAAUGGCUGGGCUCCGCCUCACAUGCUGUUGUCAGCCAGUGCCUGAACAUGGUGGGAUAGGACUCUUUGACUUUGGCUCGAAGACCACCUGGAGGCCUUGCCAGACUCCAGGAUUGCGUUAUACUCUCUUAAGUUGCUUUUACCCAGUCUUUCUUUUUCAUUACUUGGGGUCAUGCCUGCAUCAGGGGCUGGUUGCCUCCUAGUCUCACACCUACCCCAGAUCCCUCCCUGUUUUUCCUCACCAGUAUUGCCCCUAAUAAAUCUGUUACACAGCUGA